AUGUCGUCCAUUUUGAAACCGGUCAGGGAUCCGUCCAUCCAAACACUUGACAAGAUAUUGAAUGACAUUGUGGAAAAUAUUCGUGUGCUUCAAGACUUCUACAACACAAGUUCUCUGCCCGGACCAUCGUUCGAACCUACCCAGCUCGCCGUCGCCAAAGAUGACCAGAAUCCACGAGAUGUCGAGAUCGCGAAGAACGAGAUUAUGGAUAGUUCCCUCCUCCUUUUUGACCUCUGCUCCGGUCCGUCAAAAAUCCUCUCGCAUCUAACCGUGGCGUAUCAAACCGUGGCCUGUCUCCGUUGGCUCUGUCACUUCAAUGUCCUAAAGAACGUUCCGCAUGUCGGGACCAUUUCCUUUUCCGACCUUGCCGACUCGAGCAAAGUCCCCGUCUCCUCCCUCAAGACCAUUUCCCGAAUGGCCAUGACUGCUCAUAUCCUUUGUGAGCCCCAGAGCGAACAAGUGCAACACACUGCGGCCUCAGCUCUCCUCGCGCGGUCCUCUGCGCUUCAUGACUGGGCCUUGAUCAUGGGAAUUGAGCCUGUCGAUAUUGCCAUGAAAAUGGUCGAAGCGACGGAGAGAUGGCCUCAAGGAGGUAAAAUCAAUGAGACUGCAUUCAAUGUCGCCUUAGACACGGACUUGCCCUUUUUCCAACAUCUUCAAAAGAAUCCGGAGCUACUGGCCAAGUACACAGAGUACCAGAGGGCCGUUUCGGGGACGGAGGGUCUGGAUUUGAAACAUGUCGUGCACGGGUAUGAUUGGAAGAAAUUGGGUGUUUCGACCGUGAUCGAUGUCGGAGGAGCAGAAGGUCUCGCUGCCAUCGCAUUAGCAGAGCAGUACCCUGGUCUUAGCUUCAUCGUUCAGGAGUUGCCUGACGUCGUUGCCAUCGGAGAGAAAUAUCUCACCAACCUCCGAAACGACGCCAUCGCCUCGCGAGUUUCCUACGCCGUGCAUGAUUUCUUUGCCCCACAACCUCAGCCGGCCGAGGUCUUCCUUGUGCGCAUGGUCUUACACUACUGGUCGCCCGAGGACUGCGUCAGGAUCUUGCAGCAGCUCGCAUCCGCGAUGGCGUCGGAGAAGUCCCGCAUCAUUGUCAUGGACACCGUCCUCCCGAUGCCAGGUCGCAUCAGUUCGGUGGUGGAAAGACAAUUGCGGGUGCGCGAUCUGGCCAUGUUGCAAUUGCAUGGAAAUCAUGAACGGACGGAGGAGGAUUGGAACGCCAUUUUCGCGAGUACCAAUCCGCCGCUGAGGGUGGUUGAGACGAACCUUCCCUUCGGGUCCGAGAUGUCGAUCAUGGAGUUGGCUAUAUAG